AUGGCUUCGUUCAUAUCGCGUCUGUUGGGCUCCGGGCCGAAGCGGUCCCCGCCGCCGACGGACCCAACCGACGAGAUUCUUGCCUGUCAUUUUUGGGACGACACCAAGGUUAUCCGAUCGUACACGUUAAUGUGGACGUUCCGAUUCGAAGAUGUGCUGGACCCGGAUAUCCUCCAUAACGCGUUGGUCGAAUUGUUUGAAAUCGAUAGUUGGAGGCGACUUGGUGGGAGACUACGUUUGAGGCCGGACGGGAAGGCAGAGGUCCAUAUUCCGCGGGCCUUUACGCCCAAGAGGCCCGCCGUAUACUACACUCGAGAACACCAUUCCAUGCGCAUGUCCGACCAUCCGGAAGCUUCCAAGCUCCCUGUCGCGGGAUCUAAGCCGGCCUCGUUCCCGAGUGCGCGUAAUUAUGCCGGAAUCGGAGUCGGGCCCGGAUCCCCGCGUUGCAUUGACGACUACUUCUACUCAGACAUGCCGCUGUAUGCUCUUCAUGUUGUCACCUUCGAAGACGGAACUCUGGUUUCUUUAAACCAUAGCCACACGACAAGCGACAUGGGCGGGCUGGCAGCCAUCGUUUCUGCGUGGAGCUUAGUUCUGGCGGGACGCAAAGAUGAAGUCCCUCCGCUCGCCGGCUGGCGCAGCGACCCCAUGGCCGCGCUCUACAAACCCGAAGUUACCAAAGAAGCGCCGCUUGAAGAGGCUGGUCUAGCCUCUAAGUUGCUUACCGGAUGGCGACUGGCCGUAUUUGGCAUCAGAUUUCUCUUCGAGUCAUAUUGGUAUACGUACAACUCACGCAUUGUCAGCAUCCCGCGCAAAACGAUAGACGCCCUUAUCGCCCAAGCACGGAGUCAGCUCCCCCAGGUUGUUGACGCCAAGACUGCCGAAAAACCCUUUAUUAGCGAAAACGAUGUAAUAGUGGCCCUGAUGCAGCAAAUGUACGCUCGAAGCCAGCCCGCCGGCUCCACGCGCACCAUCGGGAUUCUUAUGGCCGUUGAUCCUCGAGAACGUGCGUCGGCUUUCCGGUCUGACACGGCCUAUGUGCAGAACGCACCUUGUGGUGUGUUUGUCUAUUGCGCAGUCAACAACGCACAAGACAUGUCCCUGGGCGAGCUGGCUCUCGAGUGUCGUAAGGCAGUCGCAGCGCAGACGACAGAGGGUCAGAUGAAGGCCAUGGCGUCCCUCGCGUACGAACGAAUGAAAAUUGACGGAAACCAGCCCAUGUUUGGAGAUAGCACCAUGCAGUUCACUGUCAUGUCUAACUGGUCUAAAGGGAAGUUGCUAGAUAGGACUGAUUUCAGCUCUGCAGUUGUCAAAGCUGGAAAUGGCCCCACCCCGGGAAAACCCGUAUAUUACCAUUCCCAGAGUAUCGAGCCAAAGGGACCUCUCUCCAUGACUAUUUGCAUCAUUAUGGGCAGGGAUAAGAAUGGGGAUCUCUGGAUGAGCUGUGAUUUUAAGCCGGAAACAUGGUCUGAUUUGAUGGGUUUCCUGGAGCAAAUAGAGACGAGCGAAUAG